AUGCAGGUCCUCCUUCUCGGCGGUCACGGCAAAGUGGCCCUCCACUUAACCCCGCUCCUCCUCGCCCGCUCCUGGAACGUCACCAGCGUCAUCCGCAACCCAGAACACGAGAACGAGAUUCUCGCGCUGGGCAGAGGCGCCAAGGGCAAAAUCAACGUCCUUCUCUCUAGUCUGGACGAUGUAAAGAGUGAUGCAGACGCUAAGAAGGUUCUUGACGCCGUCAACCCGGACUACGUAGUCUGGUCUGCAGGUGCUGGCGGCAAAGGUGGCCCUUCUCGCACGCAGGCCAUCGACGAAGUCGCCGCCAAACACUUUCUCUCGGCCUCCUUCUCCCACCCCCGAGUAACCAAGUAUCUUCUAGUCUCUUGGAUUGGCAGCCGACGCAAGCAGCCCAGCUGGCUCUCCAACGACGACUGGGCCGGCCUCCAGAACGUCUUCAAUAACGUCCUCCCCGCAUACUCCAAAGCCAAGCUCGAAGCCGACGAGUACAUGACCGCGCUGGUUGCACAACGCAAGAAGCUCGUUGCAGCCGGAUCCGCGCAACCUUUGCAGGCGAUCAAUCUGCGGCCCGGCACGUUGGUCGACACCCCUGCGACGCACAAGGUCGAUCUCGGCAGGACCCAGAGGGGCAUGGGGAAGGUCACCAGAGAGGAUGUGGCGAUCGUGGCGGAUCUGCUCUUGGCGAGAGAUGAUACGGAGGGAUGGUAUGAUCUCUUGAAUGGGGACGAGGAGGUUGAGCAGGCGGUGGAAAGAGUGGUCAGGGAGAAGGCUGACGCGGUAGAAGGCGAGGAUGUAGAGGGGAUUGUUAAGAGGUUUGGCUUCUAA